CGGAGGAGGAGCCUGAGCGCGCCCGACGAGAGAUGUCCGUUUCUCCUGCGCGUGCGUCCUCCUGAACUGUGACUGUUCUUCCCCCUAAAGGAGCCCAGAUCAGGUGAUAGCAACUCUGCUUCCAAAGAUGGUCAAGUCCCAGGAAAUGACAUUCCAGGAUGUGGCUGUGUACUUCACUCCAGAGGAGGUGAGGUACUUGGAUUCCUAUCAAAGAGCCCUCUACAAGGAUGUAAUGCUGGAGAAUUAUGGGAACAUGGCCUCUCUGGGAUUUCCAGUCUCCAAACCAGUCCUGAUCUCUCAGUUAGAGCGAGGGGAAGAGCCAUGGGCCAUGGACCCACUGGUAGCAAAGGAAAGAAAGACCCAAAGAGACAUUUCUUCAGGUAAAAAGCUGACUUUAAAACAGAAAUAUACCCUGUUUAGUAAACCCAUACCAGAAGAUUCUAAGAUAAGAAAUGAGAAAAAAGAGGAAAGGAGGAAAAGGAGAAAAAAAGAGGAUUCUUCAAAGGAAGAAAUUUCUGGAGGUAGAGAAUUUCAGAGGGCAAUGCCAAGAAGACACUCUAGGAAUGAUCUCACAGAUCCUGAGUUUGGACAAGCCUAUGAACAAGAUGGCAUGUUGGAGGGACUUCCAGGAAGCUCAUCAGGGCAGAGCCCAAGGAAAUCACUUUCCCAAGAGAGGGAAGUCAAGUUAAAGUCCAGUUCUCACAAGAAAAAUCACACAAGAGAAAGAGGCUCCAAAUGCAAUAAGUUUGGGGAAAACUUAGUUCUGAAAUCAAGCCUUGUUAUACAUCAUAAAGAUCCUAUACAAGAAAAAGGUCAUAAAUGUGAUACAUGUGGCAAAAUCUUCAGAUAUAAUUCAGACUUAAUUAGACAUCAGAUUAUUCAUACUGGAGAGAGGCCCUAUGAAUGUGAUCAAUGUGGAAAAACAUUCAAUCAGAGUUCACACCUUAUUCAACAUAUAAGAAUUCAUACUGGUAAAAAACUUUAUAAAUGUAAAGAUUGCAGCAAAACAUUUGCUCAGAGUUCACAUCUUAUUGAGCAUCAGAGAAUACAUACUAGAGAAAGACCCUAUGUAUGUAGUGAUUGUGGGAAAGCCUUCAUUCACUGCUCCAAUCUUACUGAACAUCAAAGAAUCCAUACUGGAGAGAAACCUUACAAGUGUACCGAAUGUGGAAAGGCCUUCUGUCAUAGUUCAGAUCUUAUUCGACACCAGAGAAUUCACACUGGAGAGAGACCUUAUGAAUGUAAAGAAUGUGGGAAAGCCUUCAGUCAGAGUUCACUACUUAUUCGACAUCAGAAAAUUCAUACAGGAGAGAAACCUCAUGAAUGUAAAGAAUGUGGAAAAGCUUUCAUUCGGAGCUCAAGUCUAAUUCGCCACCAGAGAAUUCACACUGGAGAGAGACAAUAUGACUGUUUAGAAUGUGGGAAAGCCUUCCGUCACAGUUCAGAUCUUAUUGAACACCAGAGAAUUCAUACUGGAGAAAAACCCUAUGAAUGUAAAGAAUGUGGGAAAGCUUUUGUUCGGAGCUCAAAACUUAUUCAACAUCAGAGAAUUCAUACUGGUGAGAGACCAUAUGUAUGUAAUGAAUGUGGAAAAUCCUUCAGUCAGACUUCAAACUUUAUUCAGCAUCAGAGGAUUCAUACUGGAGAGAAACUCUAUGAAUGUAAUGAAUGUGGGAAAACUUUCUUUUUGAGCUCAUAUCUUAUUCGACAUCAGCGAAUUCAUACUGGAGAGAGACAAUAUGAAUGUAAAGACUGUGGGAAAUCCUUUCUUCACAAAGCUCACCUUGGUGAACAUGAGAAAAUUCACAGUGGAGAGAAACCAUUUGAAUGUAAAGAUUGUGGGAAAGCUUUCAUUCGGAGCUCAAAGCUCAUUCAGCAUCAGAUAAUUCACACUGGAGAGAGGCCCUAUGCAUGUAAGGAAUGUGGAAAAGCCUUCAGUCGAAGAUCAAAUUUUAUUCAGCAUCAGAAAAUUCAUUCUAGAGGGAAACUCUGUAAAUGCACUGAAUGUGGGAAAAGUUUCAAUUCUCCUUCAAGUUUAAGAAAACAUCAAAAAAAUCAUAGUGCCAUGGAUUCCCUUGAUUAAAAAAAUUCCAGAGAAGCUUUUAAAAUUGAAGACCCAUAAACAUAAUUUGUUAAAAGAUUGUCUGAGUGAGUUGAGCAAACUUGACGGUACUUGAAAAUGAAUGCUGGGUAUUAGAAAGUGUAUAUUUACAGAUUAGGCAUGAUCCUUAUAUCUUUCUGAGCCUGAGGGAUAUGCUUACUCUUUGAGCUAGUCAUUUACUUGAUAUAGUAGGACUAGCUCCCUGGAAUCACACAC